AUGGUGGUGCCAGGUUCACGAGACAAGCAUAUAAAACGAACACAAAAUGGCACAAAAACCACAAAAAACCACCGAUGGGAGCCCUUCUCACAGCGCAUCGCAAAGCUCAAAAUCGACCCGAUCCACCGCGUGCGCCGUGCCAGCUUCGGCGAAGAUGAAGACGAAACUACUUCCUACUUCCGGUCUGCCCUCGACCAUUGGGUGGAUAUGAACCUCUCAGAGAACUUUUCAACCUUCUAUCGCCGCAUAAAUCCCCUCUCCGAGAGCCUCGCCCAGAUCGUGUACCAUGAAGAAAAGAUUAUGGGUCUACUAGUGGAGUUCAUUGAGAAGAAUGAUGAACAUUCCAUGGAGCCAUUACUGAGCUUGCUUGCUCAAUUUGCCAGAGACUUGGGGGUUCGAUUUGAGAAGUAUUUCGCGACUUCCGUGACUUUGGUGGCAUCUGUUGCUGCAAAACACGCCGACGUCGAAGUCGUCGAGUGGGCCUUCACUUGUCUGGCAUGGAUCUUCAAAUUCCUGUCCCGUCUUUUAGUGCCGGACUUGCGACAGCUAUUGAGCAUCAUGACACCAUAUCUGGGCAAGGAGCGCCAAAAGCCUUUCGUGGCUCGAUUCGCCGCCGAGUCCAUGUCUUUCCUGAUUCGCAAAGCAGGUCUCGUCUACUACAAGAACAAAGCGCCGCUUGAGAACGCUCUCUCUUUCCUCUACGACGAUAUCUCCAAAACUGCCGAAGAUGGGAAGGAUGUCGAGAAAUACAAGGAGGGUUUGAUGGUCAUGUUCUCCGAUGCCAUCAAGGGUGUGAAUAAUGGUCUUCAUUCCAAUGGAAUGGACGUUCUUCGCUGUGCAUUAGACCAGAUUCCCCCAGCCGAUAAGAACUGUAACUCUCCGGCAGAGGUUGUGUAUGGAGUGGUGACCAACCUCAUCCACCACACUACACCGGAGACUUUCGGGCCCAUUCUCGACACUGUCCGAGAAUUCAUUGAAUCUCGCUCACAAGGCUCCGAGAACCCCAACAUCCCGGAGUGCUGUCAUUUAAUGCUUAUUUGCGUCGCAACCCGUAAGGGAGUUCGAGUCCGAGACUGGAAGUCUGUGCACCAGACUCAUGUAUCACUUCUACAACAAGUGUCUAAGGACUCGGAGAAAUACCCAAAAGCAACCCUUGAAAUUCUCACAGCUGUCGCCUACGCUCUCCAGGUCUCACCAAUGGAUGAAAUGCUUCGGUUCGUGCGCCCUCUUAUGGAUCUGGUAUCCACAGGACCCCUGUCGAAAUACUUCUUAUUCUUUUGCACUACCUUUUCAGAAUGGGGAUCGGAACGCUUCCAAAGUCUAUUACUUCCCCAUUUCCAGAAGUUCAUCUCUACUUCCUGGCAGGAGCGAGAGUGGGAGACAUGCUUGACGCUACUCCGACUGAACCAAGCUGGUUGUAUUACACCUGAGACCUCAAAGCCCGGCUACAUUUCAUGCCCGGAUGCUUUGAAGUCCCGCAUUUUUGCGUCUUUGGUGUACCCUUCUACUGAUGAAUUUGGGUUAAAUGCCUUUGUGAAACUUUCAAAGGCUAUCUCGAUGUUCUCUGACUCUGCUGCUCGUUCCGAAAUCGUGAAAAAGCUGCAUGGAAACCUUAAAGCUGCUUUCAGCGAUGCCUCUAAAGCAGCAAACGACACAGAUGCAUCGUUAUUCUAUCUUGGUCAAGGGUUCAAGACAUACGUUGAAUUAGCUACUCAGUCGGGGGAGCUCGAUUUGACUCUUUGGGAAUCCAUCUUGACGGUCUCGACCAAAUUCUCUCGCCUCUCUCUAUUCCUGGAGGGUGUAUUUGAAUUCAUUUCCUCUGCUCCAAGCACAGCAGAUUUGGACAAUCCCGCAGUGGACGGGUUUGCCAACAGCUUAAUUCUCAACCUGGCAAGCCCCACGGCCAGACUAAGACUGGUAUCUUUGCAGAUCUUGCGCGAGCUGGUUACUCGCAUCAAUAAAGAUGAUCCUUCGCCGGUUUCCUUGGCCAUCGAGAUUGAAGAGAGCCCUCUGACUUUGCAGAGCGCGCGAACCCUUUCAAUGCACAUCCGCAAGUUGGCGAUAUUAUAUCCUCAGAUUGUUUCUCGCAAGUGGAUGGCCACACUGAUUCCAUACUUUUGUUUCGGUCUGUUCUCCAAAAAACUGACUCCUCUUUGGGAGGAUUCUGCUGCCGCUUUGAAGACCAUCAGUGAGCACCCCGAGGGUGAGAAAAUUGUUUCAGAUUUGUCCAUUCAGUGGUUGCAAGAGCGGGACUCUGGCGUUACGGAGGGAGAUGUGGAAGAGGACCCGGAGGAUAACCACGUCGCGGGUAACUUUGUGUGCUUCAAUGUGGGGAAGGUCGAAAGUGUUCUCGCCGCCAACUUGAAGACUGUGGAGGACCCAACUGCAAUUUUAACUCAACAGUUUGAGAAAGACCACAAACAGGCGGAUAUUAUUCCUGCUCUGCCUCGCAGCCAUGCGCUUCUUGUCUUGAAUGCUGUUCCCGCCAUUGCAGAGAAGCGCUCGCGGCAAAUUGUGCCUCUGUUUUUGACCUGGGCGUUGCGCGAUGACCAGGACGAUCUUCCCGCCAGUAAUGAUUCUGACACCAAGUCUGAGAAUGUCCCAGUCCGAUGGGGCUUCAAGGACCGACUCUCCAUGCUCGGUCUGUUUGGGCAAUUCCUGAACCCUAUUGUUCUUUUCAAAGCUCCCGAGGUCCACGAUGCUGUCCUGGGUCUUCUGUGUCACGGUAACUCAGAGAUUCAGAAAGCUGCUCUCAAGGUGCUUUUCACCUGGAAAAACCCGCAUGUCCUGCCUUACAAGGAAAAUCUGCUCAACAUCUUGGACGAGACCAGAUUCAAAGAUGAGCUUCAAGUCUUUGUGCGUGUUGGUGGCGAUGACAGUUUGAUCGAGCAAGAGCACCGCCCUACUCUGCUCCCUGUUCUUCUUCGCCUGCUGUAUGGUCGAAUGAUUUCCAAGGCCGGUGCAAGCGCAACCCAGGCUGGUCAGGCUGGCAGGCGUAAGGCUAUCUUGCGUGCCCUUUCGCAUCUCUCUGAGGAGGAGUUUGGACUCUUCAUGCACCUCUCUUUCGGUCCACUUGCGGAAGUUCACGUUGUCCAGGACGGCAAAACAAACAACAAGGCAUUCUCAGAAGAGCUGACUAGCCCAAGAAGACAGCUUGGUCUACUCAAAAUGAUUGAAACAGUCUUUGACACCCUUCAGAGUCGUAUGGCUCCCUACUCUGUGCAGACUAUGAACGUUGUCAUUUGCUGCUUGGUGCGGGCUUGCCGGGCUCUUCAAGAUGAGAGCAGCGUUGAUGAACGUCUCCGGGGCGUUUAUCAAAACCUUCGUCAAGAGGCCAUUCGCUGUCUUAAUCUAGUCUUUUCCGUCUCAUCGGACCGUGAUUGGACCCCAUAUGUCAAAAUCAUCUUCGAUGAGGUGAUCAAUAACAGGCUCGACCAAUUCCCUAUCGAGACAGCCCAGGGUGUGUCUGGCCUCCUUCGUCUGUUCCACACCUGGGCUUCUUCCCCGAGAUCCGCCGGUUAUCUCGUGCAGCAUAACAAAGACGUGCUGAACAAGGUCAUUGACUGUCUCAGCGUCGAGUCGGCCCGUGACGAGGUCAAAAUUUUUGUUUUGGACGAGGUUCUUGUGCCAUUGGUUCGCUUAGCUAGCGGCAAGAAGCUUGAAGAAGAUGAGGAAAUGCCUGAUAUUCCGGCUGAGCAGAUUCGCUCCGAGGUUCUUUCGCCCUAUCUGGAGCAUGCCCUGUCCCAUCUUGGCCGUCUUUUGAAGAGAGGCCCAUCGAAGCCUGUGCUGUUCUCAGGCGUGACUGCCCUGUCAUUAACCGCGCCCUGCGUUGAGUCUUCUGGUGAAACAUCGAGCCUUAUCAGUAUUGCGACAUAUCUGCUUCGCCAACCCCCAGACCGUGUCAACCCCAAGACCAAGUCCGGUCUUCUGAAGAUUUUGGAGCACUUCUUACCUCUCUACGAUCCCAAGGAAGAUGUGGCUCUUUCUGAACAAGUUUUCGAAGCCGUCUCUUCCUUGUUCGAUUAUUUCAAGGAUGAUACGAACCGAGAAGUGCUAUCGAGAGUUUUUGUGGCUCUUGCUGCACACGAUGAGAAGAUGCAAGAGGUAGCUGCCCUGUGCGCUGACCUAAAUUCUCGCUCAAUGAAGAGACUUGAGCCCGAUUAUGAACGUCGUCUGCAAGCUUUCAGAAAGAUCAGUGAUGAACUCUCCCAGACCUUGAGUGCUAAGCAAUGGAGACCUAUUCUUUACAAUAUGCUCUUCUAUGUCAAGAAUGAAGAUGAGCUAGCUAUCCGGUCUAGCGCGGCCUUUGGCUUGAAAAGAUUUGUUGACAAGGCUGCCGCUGAGGCUGACGUGGAGGACUUUGAGGCUCUUGUGAAUAGUGUCCUGAUGCCCUCGCUACAGUAUGGUCUUCGUCAGAAGUCCGAAUUGAUCCGUUCUGAAGUCGUCUCCGUCUUGGGUUACUUUGUCAAGCUAAACCCUUCCCGACCUUCGGUGCAAGACAUGAAUGUCCUUCUGGUUGGCGAUGACGAGGAGGCAUCUUUUUUCAACAACAUUCUUCACAUCCAGCAGCACCGUCGUCUGCGUGCUCUCCGUCGUUUGGCUAGCGAAGCCAGCAAAGGAAAUCUCAACUCCGAUAAUUUAAGCAAGAUCUUCCUGCCUUUGAUCGAACAUUUCGCUUUCGAGGAGGCUUCCGAUGAGAAUGGUCACAAUUUGAUUGCUGAAGCCGUUGCCACCAUCGGUUCGCUGGCGGAAUGGCUAGACUGGGCGCAAUUCCGUGCCAACUUCCGGAGAUAUCGUGGAUACAUGCAGAGUAAGCCGGAGAUGGAGAAGAACAUUCUCAGACUUAUGGGUCGGAUGUCGGAUGCUCUGUCUGUUGCAAUGAGUCAGAAGAAAGGACCAGAAGAGCAGGCCAACGGCAAUAUCGAUGUUGAUUCAAUGGAGAUUCCGGAGCUACCCAAGUGCACACUUGCCAAAACUUCGCCUUCUCUUGCUCAAGUCUCGAAAGAAUUGAUUGCCAACUUCAUUCCUUUCUUGACCGAAUUCCUUCACCACAAGAACCAGGCAGAAAUGAGCUUGCGUCUGCCCGCUGCCAUCACUACAAUCAAGCUUCUUAAGAUUCUCCCUGAGCAGGAGAUGACUAUUCGUCUCUCGCCUGUUCUUCUGGAUGUCUGCAGCACUUUGAAGAGUAAGGCGCAAGAUUCCAGAGAUACUGCCCGGAAAACACUGAACGAUAUCGCGCUGUUGCUGGGUCCAUCAUACUUCAACUACAUCUUGAAAGAAUUGCGGAACACUCUCCUGCGAGGUUACCAGCUCCACGUCCUGUCAUUCACCGUUCACUCGAUGCUUGUGUUCACCACAGAUGAGUUCAAACAAGGCGACUUGGACUAUUGUUUGACAGAUCUUGUCGCAAUUGUUAUGGACGAUAUCUUCGGUACCGUCGGUCAGGAGAAGGAAGCCGAGGACUACGUCAGCAAGAUGACGGAAGUAAAGAGCAGCAAGAGUUACGAUUCGAUGGAACUUCUUGCUAAGAAUGCAACCAUUCGCAAUCUUUCGAGUCUCGUUCGACCUCUUCAGGCACUUCUGCGUGAGAAGCUCAACUCCAACAUCGUCAGAAAAAUUGACGAACUGAUGCGUAGAAUUGGUAUUGGUCUUUUGAGAAACCCCGAUGCUGAAAGUCGCGAUCUCUUGAUGUUCUGUUACGAGGUCAUCAAGGAAUCUUACCAAGAAAACGUCACUCCCAGCAAAGAGGCUACCGCCAGGUCCUAUACUGAAGAGCGGUUCUUGGUCAGGUUGCAAGGAGCCAAGCGCGGUGAAAAGCGCGGCACUACUUCUUCUCACAAGCAUAAGCUGACAAGAUUCUCCCUCGAUAUUCUCCGUGCUAUUCUCAACAAGUUUAGCUCUCUUUCAACGGCCACAAACCUAUCCGGGUUCCUACCUAUCAUCGGUGAUGCCUUAGUUCAAUCACAUGAAGAGGUAAAGAUUGCCGCUCUUCGACUUCUGUCUACCAUUAUCAAGCUUCCGCUGCCAGAGCUUGACCAGAACUCGAACGUAUAUCUCACGGAAGCUGUGAAGUUGAUCAAGGAGUCCCCAAGCACCAACUCCGAGGGUUCGCAAGCGUCAUUGAAGUUGAUUUCCGCCAUGAUUCGCGAGCGAAAAAGCACUAAACUCCGUGAUGGCCACCUUGCCUACUUGCUCAAGCGCUUGACAGCUGAUAUUGAAGAGCCUGAUCGUCAAGGUAUCACGUUCAACUUCAUCCGUGCCGUCAUGUCCCGCAAGUUUGUUGUGCCGGAAAUGUAUGAGCUCGUGGAUCAGAUUGCAAGCAUGAUGGUCACGAACCAGACUCGCUCCGCACGAGACCUCGCUCGUGGUGUAUACGUUCAUUUCCUGAUUGAAUACCCACAAGCCAAGAACCGGUGGACCAAGCAGCUUGGUUUCCUUGCCAAAAACUUGGACUACAAGCACCAGGAAGGACGUCAGUCAGUUUUGGAAGCAAUUCAUCUGUUACUCUCAAAGACCGGCCCGGAGAUGGCUCAAGACAUCAUUAGCACUUUCUUCCUGCCAAUCGUCCUUGCCAUGGCCAAUGACGAGUCACCUGAAUGCCGCGAGAUGGCUGGCGCAUUGCUGGCACAAUUCUUCAGCCGCGCCGAUCGGGAACAGAUGAAGACUAUCCUGACACCUUUGCAUUCAUGGUUGGAUCAGACCGAAAACAUGGCCCUGGGUAGCAUUGGAUUGCAAGCUAUGCGAAUCUUCUUUGAGUCUGAGGACACAGAGAAGGACAAGGAAGCUCGUUUCGUUAUUGGCAUUCUCCCUGAUUUGAUGCAGCCAAUCCUUGAAGACCACGAAAAUGGAAACUGGGAAACCCUCUACUUCGCACUGCAGCUGUUCACCAAGCUGUGCAAGACCGUUCCCUCACUUGCAUUGGGCCCACAAUGUGCCACCAUCUGGGUGGCUAUCCAAGAAUCGCUGUUCUUCCCUCACGCCUGGGUCAAGACAUGUGCUACCAACCUUGUUGGUAUGUGGAUGGCUGAUUUGGCCAAGACACACGCCACCUCAGGCUACAGUGCCCUUCCUCUCGUAGGAAGCUCUGGCCUUGCCCUGGACAAGGAGGCAAUGAUCAAGCUUAUUCGUGCCAGUCUGCGCUGCCUCCGCACCCCAGGAGUCAUGGAGGAGCUGGCCAUGCAGAGCGUCCGCAACCUUGUUUUCCUUGGUCGGUGCGUCGCACAGAAUGGUCUGGAGCUGCAGAAGGCUGGAACCGAAGAUGUCGAGUCCGAUGAUGAAGAAGAAGCCGAUAGUGAAGCCGAAGGCGAGACUGAGACCGAGAAAGAGGUCAUGGACAACGCACCCGUCCGGUUUGCUAUUGGAUACAUCUUCAAGCAAAUUUCUUCCCUCCUGCGCCGUGAGGUCAUUUCAACCCGGCCAGAAGCUCUUAUUCCCAAGACCGCUACCAUCGCUCUCCUCGCUGCACUUGUCCGUCAUGUCGAGGCCGAACAUAUCGAACCCUCUAUCGGUGUCAUUCUCCUGCCGCUGCAGCACAUGACCGAUUCAUCUAUCCCGGCGCCGCGGUCUCGCGACGAGACCUUCCAAAACACAUACAAGGCUAUCGUCGCUAAUUGCCACGAGGUUCUGGAUUCUCUUCAGAAGAAGCUGGGUGCAUCGGAGUUCAUCGCGCACAUGGCCAAGGUGCAAGAGAACAUCAGACAGCGUCGUGAAGGGCGACGUGUCAAGCGUCGUAUUGAGGCUGUUCAGGAGCCGGAGCGAUAUGAGAAGGAUAAGAGAAGGAGAAAUGACCGGAAGAAGGAGAAGAGAAAGGAGAAGGGUCUGGAGCACCGGGGCAAGAGACGUGGUUGGUAG